GGCAGCAAUAGUUAUUAGUUUUUAAUAAAAAAAAAAAAAAGAAUGAGCAGAAAACAUAAAAACUGAUUAAACAAUUUAUCACUUCUUCACCUUCCAUUUCUCGUAAGAUAAACCACCACAUCUUCUGAAACCAUACCAUACCCCCACGACCAAUCGCCGCCGUACUUCUCCUUUGAUUCACAGAUUUAAAUGAAACCGGAUCAGGUCUACCUCUAGAUCCGUUUCCACAUUUCGUAUCUCCACCGUAUCUUCACUAAUCCAGAUGCGUAACACAUAAAAGACAUGUCUCUGUUUCUAAAAGACGAUUCGAUCCAAAUCCGCGAAGUAUGGAACGAUAACCUCCAAGAAGAAAUGGAUCUGAUCCGAAAAAUCGUCGACGACUUCCCUUACGUCGCCAUGGACACCGAGUUCCCCGGAAUCGUCGUACGCCCCGUCGGAACAUUCAAAUCAAACGCUGAUUACCACUACGAAACACUAAAGCUCAACGUCAACAUCCUCAACAUAAUCCAGCUCGGUCUCACCUUCUCCAACGAACAAGGUAACCUCCCCACCUGCGGCACCGACAAAUACUGCAUCUGGCAGUUCAACUUCAAAGAAUUCGAUCUCGACACCGACAUCUUCGCUGUGGACUCAAUCGAUCUCCUCAAACAAUCAGGCAUCGACUUCGUUAAAAACACUCAAGAAGGGAUCGAGUCGAACAGAUUCGCGGAGCUGUUAAUGUCUUCAGGGAUCGUGUUGAACGAGAACGUGCAUUGGGUUACUUUCCACAGUGGAUACGAUUUCGGAUACUUGUUGAAACUCCUGACAUGUCAGAAUUUGCCCGAGUCGCAGACGGGGUUUUUCGAGUUGAUUAGUGUUUAUUUUCCGAUGGUGUAUGAUAUUAAGCACUUGAUGAAGUUCUGUAAUAGUCUUCACGGUGGUUUGAAUAAGCUGGCGGAGUUGCUGGAGGUGGAGAGAGUUGGGAUCUGUCACCAGGCGGGUUCGGAUAGUUUGCUUACUUCUUGUACUUUUAGAAAGCUUAAGGAGAAUUUCUUUGUUGGUCCGUUGCAGAAGUAUGCUGGUGUUUUGUAUGGAUUAGGUGUUGAAAAUGGUCAGGUUGCACUCUGAUAGUAUCAAAUAAAAAA